AAUUCAAGGUGUCACCGACAAAUCUGACAAUGUUUUAACAUCGCUGACACCACCGCAUUAAAGUGUACUUAGUAAAGCUAUUUGCGUUUUCUUCGCAAAAGUUUUUGAUUUGGAUAAGCGUAAAGGAUUAGCAGCAUGGCGGCGCACUGCCAAUUCUUUUGGCUGAUGGUGGUGGCGUUAAUUGGUGUGUCACUGGCGGGUUAUGAGGAUUGUGAGAACGCGCCCUACGCCGAGCAUUCGGCCAUACAAAUAAUCGACAACGAGGAUGCAGUGCGAGCCAUUUACACAUGCGAAGAAGGCUACGAGUUGAGAGGCAUCAACGAGUUGGUAUGCAAUUUAGAUACAGACCUCUGGGAUGCCGAACCGCCGACUUGUGUAAAAGUUGAGCUCUCGAAUGAGGUGGCUGACGGGGCAAACAGUGGGCGCGCGGGGAAAAAGAAGAAACCGCUAGAUAUAAUAGAAGAUCGCCACGUAUCUGCGGAUAUGGCCGCCUCGCUGGAUAUGUCCUGUGUGCAGGCUAAAGUGAAGGCGCCAGAAAUACGUCAUGGCUUUGUAGAGAAAUACGAUCGGCGACGCAAAGGCGACCAUAUCUUCUUGGUGGCUUUCUAUGCGUGCAAUGACAACUUCGAGUUGGAGGACGCCGAGAUAGCGACGCUGUACUGCAGUCAACGCAAAUGGGUAGGAGAACUGCCGACGUGUGUGGCGCUGGGCGAAUACACCGAUGUGGACGAAGAAGAAUACGACGAAUAUGAAACAGUUGAUGGCGAUGAAGAAGAUGAAGCUGAGGGAGAGGAGGAAGAAGGGGCUGUUGAUAAUCGUGUAGCGCCGCCGCCACCACCACCACCUGCAGAAGUCGAGCCUAUGCAGCCUAUAGAGCAAGAGAUCAGCAAUGAGAUUGAGCCCACCGUACAACAAAACGUGGAAGCUACGCAUCCCGUUGAAGUUGACAGCGUUGAGCCUAUUACCGAACCGGAACCUGCACCAGUUACGGACGUGAAUAUUGUCAUCGCACCCACACAGGAUCCAUAUACGCCACGUUUCCUCGACAAUGACUGCGGUCCAGACAAUGGCGGCUGCGAACACAAAUGCGAGCGUCUGCUUUUCCCUGGCGAGAACGAGCCACGCCUGAAAUGCUCCUGCUUUGAAGGGUUCAGCUUGGAUCCAAACAAUUACGCAAGUUGUCAUGACAUCAAUGAAUGCCAGCUGAACAAUGGCGGCUGCGAGCAAAUCUGCAACAAUCUGCCCGGCUCCUACCAGUGCGCCUGUGAGCAGGGUUUACAAAUCGAUACGCUAACGGGCAACACAUGCACCGACAUCAACGAGUGCCUGUUACGCAACGGACAUGGGCCAUGCCAGGACACCUGCCACAACGAGUGGCGCGGCUACAGGUGUUCCUGCGAAGGUCUGGCUGGCACGCAAUUAUCCCAGGAUAAUCACACAUGCGAAGAUGCUGGCGAGUGUGCCAUCGCCAACGGUGGCUGCUCACACCAGUGCCUCUCCUCAAUGGGUCGCAUCUAUUGUCUGUGUCCAAGCGGUUGGCUGAUGUCGCCGGACGGAACGAACUGUGAAGAUAUCAACGAAUGCGAGCAGCCUGAAGUGGCAGCGCUGUGUUCUGCCGGCUGUGAGAAUACACCUGGCUCUUACCGAUGCGUACCAGCGCUCAAUACUCCCGAAGAUGCCAAAGAGAACGCAGAAGAAAACGAAGAUACUGAAGAUAGUGGAAAUGCAGACGCUGAUGAGCCUGUGAGUGAAGACGAUCAGGGUAUACGCCGCAUUGCCGAAACUGAACCCAUCUGCCCAAGUGGCUAUCGCGCUGGCGGCGACAAUUCGGACAAAUGCGUUGACAUCGACGAAUGCGCUGAGGGCACCAGCGGGUGCGAGCAUUGUCUCAACACUGUGGGUUCCUAUGAGUGCACUUGUCCCGGUGGCUACGAUCUUGCCGACGAUGAGCGCACCUGCAUAGACAUAAACGAGUGCGAUGUCAUUGUAGAGCGUGAGGACGACUCUGAUGCUGCGCCUGCGAAGAUUUGCUCUGGUGGCUGCGAAAACACAAUCGGCUCCUUUAUUUGCACUUGCGAAGCCAAUCAACAUCUGCUCGAAGACCGACGCACAUGCGCUAUAGACACUUGCAAAGACUUGAAUAAUCCGCAAUUGAAUAAGACACGUUGCGCCUACCAGUGCAUGGACUUGCCCAGUGGCGUCUACGAAUGCGUUUGUCCAGCGGGUUAUACGCUGAGCGAUGAUCUGCACAAUUGCGAGGUGGCCGAAAGUGUUUGCGCCAAGGAAGGCGGCUAUGAAAGCUGUGCGCCAGGCACUUGCAUCCCAAGUGAGGAUAACAGUUCAUAUGAGUGCGAUUGUCCGGCUGGCUAUGUGAAUGAAGGCAACCAUUGCAAUGAUGUCGACGAAUGUGCCGCUGAGCUGCACGGGUGCUCACACGAAUGCCUCAACACUUUAGGUGAAUAUCAGUGCGGCUGUCCAGCUGGUUUUCGAUUUACCGAAGGCAGCGAUCACGUGUGUGAAGACAUCGACGAAUGUGCGUCCAAUCCUAAUCUGUGUGGCGCUUUAAACUGCGUCAACAAUCCUGGCAGCUUCAUCUGCCUAUGCACGGAUGGCUCCGUUCCCGAUGCCGCGACUGGCGCUUGCCAUAUCGCCGAUCCUUGCGAGGCCCACCAGUGUUCGCACCAAUGCAUUGCUGAAGGUGUUGGCUUCAAGUGCAUCUGCCCGCAUGACAUGUCACUGGCUGAUGAUGGACUAAACUGCUUUUACAAGGAUAUUUGCGCCGAAAACAACAACGGCUGUGAACAGAUUUGCAGAUCGGAAGAUGAUGGUGCUUGUGGCUGCCGCAGCGGUUACGAACUGGCUGCCGAUGGCAAGUCGUGUGUGGACGUGAACGAGUGCGAGAUUGGCAAUGGCGGUUGCCAUCAAGUUUGCCAGAACUAUGCAGGUGGGUACGACUGUGCCUGCGAACCGGGAUUUGAGUUUCUCGAUGGAUCGCUCAAGUCAUAUUGCUUCGACGUAGACGAAUGCGCUUUGGGGUUGCACAAUUGCGGGAAGGGCAUGCUGUGUGAAAAUCUUAAUGGAUCUUUCACCUGCAUAUGCCCACAGGGGUUCGCGCUGGGCUUACCACCGGUUUAUGCUUCGCUGCGGGCUUUACUUUCAUCAUAUCAUCCAGCUGCGCCGAAAUCAUACGCUUCAUCAUCAGUCAUGCAAACUCAGCCCACAUCUAUCAUAAAACAUACACCCUCAUGUCUAGACAUCGACGAAUGCUCUAUAUCGAAUGGCAAUUGCUCCCAUUUUUGCUUGAAUUAUCCUGGCAGCUUUCAGUGUUCUUGUCCGCCGGGCUAUGCACUAAGUAGUGCCGAUAAUCGCACCUGUCUGCUGGUGAAUGCUUGCUUGCAGAAUAACGGCGGCUGCUCGCAUGAGUGUGCAUUAGUGCCAGGUGUGGGUGCGCAGUGCCAUUGUCCAAGCGGAUAUGGGCUCUCUGUGGAUGCGCGCACCUGCCUUGACAUUGACGAAUGCGCUGCGGCUAAUGGGGGCUGCGGUCAGCUUUGUCGCAACGCGCCGGGUAGCUUUGAGUGCGCUUGUAGCAUGGGUUACGAAAUGUUGGCAAAUGGGCGCGACUGUGCCGAUAUUGACGAAUGCGCAAAUGGGUUUGGUAACUGUACUUUCAUCUGCGUAAAUCUUCUAGGUUCGUACGAAUGCGGCUGCGAGGGAGGCUUCCAGCUGGCUGAGGAUCGCCGCACCUGCAUCGAUAUUGACGAAUGUGCACUGAGACGACACGAUUGUUCCCACGAAUGUGUAAAUGUAGAGGGCGGUUAUGAGUGCAUAUGCCCAGAAGGUUACUUAUUAGGUGACAAUAAAGCGACCUGCUUGGAUGUAGAUGAAUGCGUAGGCAGCGAACAUGGCUGUAGCCAUGGUUGCAAAAACAAAUUGGGCGACUAUGAAUGCAACUGUCCUGAUGGCUAUGCGCUUGCAGUUGACAAUAGAAACUGCGUCGAGGUAACUUCUGUGAUUGAUACACGAACCAAUGAGCUCGAUGUGGACACAGCCUUGAUUGAUGUCUGUUUGCGCGAAAAUGGCGGUUGCUCUCACAUUUGUAAUCCCGAAACAGGUUGCUCAUGUCCAAGUGGGCUAGAGCUUUCCGUCGACGGAAAGACGUGUGCCGAUAUCGAUGAAUGCGGAUACAACAAUGGCGGAUGUGCACGUAUUUGCCACAACACUAUCGGUGGCUUCGAGUGUCUCUGCUCAGACGCGGCAACGCCGGACAAUGGUCACAGCUGUGUGGCACUUUGCCCGCCCGGCUUUACAGUUAGCUCGCAAGACCCCGCGAAGUGUGAGGAUAUCGAUGAAUGCGCCACACCAGGUCUCUGUCAAUACAGCUGCGUAAACACAAAUGGUUCAUAUGAGUGCGUCUGUCCGAAAGGCUUCGCGCUGCGCAAUGGACGCGACUGUGAAGACAUAAAUGAGUGCUUGAAUGAAAACGGCGGUUGCGUGGGCGGUGAUUGCAUCAAUCACAUUGGCAGCUAUCAGUGUAAGUGUCCAACGGGACAGCGUUUGGCUGUGGAUCGUCGCACGUGUGAGCGCGCGCCGGAGCUGCGUGAUCAGUGCGCCCCUUUCUUGGCGCCCGCCAAUGGGGACUUCCACUGUACCAAGUAUCGCCACAAGAAGAAGCACUUCUACAACACACGAUGUAAGGUUUGGUGCAAAGAGGGCUAUCGCUUGGAAGGACCAUCACAACGGUUUUGCAAUUCCUCCGGAGAAUGGGAUAAUUUCGAAAAUCUUUGUACGCCUACCGUUUGUCCCCGCUUGCAGCCACCACUCAAUGGCGUAAUUAUACCCACUGCCUGUACAGCUGGUAAGGUAUUUAUGGGCGAACGCUGCCGGCUACAAUGCCAGCCUGGCUAUGUGCCAGUCGGAAAAAGCGUAGGAGUCUGCACAGCUGACCUCACUUGGUCGCACAAUGCUACCUUCGAAUGCAUGCCAGCGACGAGAACACAGUUUCUGCCAGCUAUACCUUUGCCUGGCCCACUGCCUGUCAGCCCGUCAGUAAAUGGCUUCCUCAAUCGACCCACAAUAACACAAGUGCGACCACGAAUCGGUUUUGGUGGAUCAGUUGCUGCUCGACGUCCAUUCAUUAAGUGUCCACGAAACACCACAGUUUUCUUGGCGGCAGGCGCCAGCACUGCACACAUCAUUCUACAAAAACCCAUCACCAAUAUGGAUUACCGCUACAUUGAGUCUCACCCAGCUUGGACUCGCAAUAUGCAAGCGCAUCUGGGCGCUGGACGGCAUGUGGUGACAUUCCGUGGUCGCGAUCCAGUCUCGGGCAGACGGGCAAGAUGCCAGACAAUCAUUUAUGUGGAGCAGGCCGCAUCGCCGAAAGUGAAUUUCUGUACGCGCUCAUUUGAGGUGGCUUUAAGUCCAAACCAAGUGUAUCGUUCGGUGGUAUGGAAGGAGCCACGUUUCGAAAGCACACUGGGUCCAAUUAAGAAGCUUUAUAAGUCGAGAAUACCUGGUGAACUGUUUAAUGCUGGCAAGCAUACAAUUUACUAUGAGGCAACCAGUGAGCAGGGGAUUACGGCACGCUGCGAGUUCCAAAUUAUCGUUAAAGAAGCAUUACCUACACCCUCGACACCCUUGCCCUCACUUGACUUGAGCUACCCGGGAGUGGCGGAGCCUGUUCUACAACCUGCACCCUUAAUGCGUCUGCCGUCUACAGCAGGCUUGAAUGCCAAACUAUUGGCGGGUCAUGAGUCCUUCGUAAUUUGCCCAGGGCAAGCGCCAGUUAAGGUCACAAACUCGAGAUCUGUAACUUUACCCGUGGGCUGCAUAUUAAAGAAUGUUCGGAACUCGUCGGUGCGUCGCCAUGCCCAACGUCGUUUGAUUACCACAAAUUGGUCGCAUUUUACUCCGUUUUAAACGAAAUGCAUAUUACCAAAGUUUGUACUUUUAAUAGCAUAAUAUAAUUACUUUAAAGCCAAAAAUGGACAGCUACUUGCACUUGAGAAGCUUUUGUAUUUUAAUUUAAUAUUUGUAUUUUGAAUAAUAAAAAAAA